CCAUCCCUGCAGCGAGGAGCCUGUGGACCUCGCCUCUCCCUGAAGGGACGAUGAGCCGGGUCUCGGGGCUCGUGCCCUCCCGCUUCCUGACGCUGCUGGCCCAUCUGGUGGUGGUCAUCACCUUGUUCUGGUCCCGGGACAGCAACGUCCAGGCCUGCCUGCCCAUCAGGUUCACCCGCGAGGAGUAUGAGAAGCGGGACUUGGAGCCUGAGCCCCUGGCCCUUGCUGUGUGCAGGCUGCUGGCCGCCCUCUCGGUCACCCUGGGCCUCUUCGCGGUCGAGCUGGCCGGUUUCCUCUCGGGAGUCUCCAUGUUCAACAGCACCCAGAGCCUCAUCUCCAUCGGUGCGCACUGCAGUGCAUCUGUAGCACUGUCCUUCUUCAUUUUCGAGCGUUGGGAGUGCACCACGUACUGGUACAUUUUUGUGUUCUGCAGUGCACUCCCAGCUGUCACCGAAGUGGCAUUAUUCAUCGCCGUGUUUGGGCUGAAAAAGAAACCUUUCUGAUUUCUGAUCGCUUUUAUUGCAAGACCGCAGAGAAAAAGGCUGGAUGAGCAAGAAACUUUCCGUUCCAGGAAAAAAGGAGGCAUGGAGCCCCCGAAACUGGCUGGUUGGCGGUGGAUUUCAGUGUUGGGAUAAUUAUCUCUCAGGUCGGGAUUAUCGGCAUUUGAGUCAGUGUUUUGUAAUAAAUAAAAUGUGUUUUGUAGUAAGAUCCAGAUUUAUAGAGUUUUCAGGAAGCAGUUGGGGUGGCCAAACUAUUGAAGAGCUUGCUUUCCUGCCCAUGAAAUAACGGGUGUCGCUUCUAUUUUGGUUAUUACGGCAGAGCGCUGACGGGGCGGGGAUAUGCAAAUAAAACAGUGCGCAAGCUUGGAAAUUGCUAAUCUGUAGGUGAGCAUUGCAUUCUGGGAGGGGUUAGUUUACUCCUUUUUGGCAGCCGAAUGGAAAAAGAUUAUGUAAAGGAUGCUAAGUGAAUGUAGAAAUACAAUUGGAAUAAGUGAAGAUAACUGGAUGUCUCAGACGAACGCGUUGCCUAUUCACCCUCACUGUAAGGGAAUGUUUUCCUCUGAAGAAAGAAUGGCUGCAGCUUGUUCGCUAUCGUCAGGUGGGUUAAUCCUUACCUGUUCCUCCUUCGGGAGGGAUAGAACAUGAUGAUUGGAGUUCGCAUGAUGCGUGAUUAGCGUCUCUGCGUAAUCAGGACUUGCAACACCCUGAUUGCUCCUAUCUGAUUCUUCCUGACGAUCACUUAGGUCUUCUAUCACGUAAUUCUUUCUGUGUUAUUGAAAGACAGAGCCUGUUGGUAGUUCAAAGUUCUAGGCUUAUGUGGGACUUUUAAUGGUUCGCACAUAGUCCGCA